UAUUGCUGCAGCUGGUUUCAGGAAGCGGAAGCUGGAAUGUUGGAGUGUUUUUUAGAAAAGUUUGGACACUUUUUGACAGUUUGAGCCCAGACUCGAUUGAACUGCGGAGGAACGUGACGCAAUGCCACCUGCUGCAGAUUUUCCUGCAGAGCCAUCGGUCUUCUGACUGAAUGACAAAAACCACAAGGCCCAAAAUGGACGUUGGAGUUCUUGAAAGACAGAUCAGUGCUGUUCCAGAUCCCUCUGUUGGGCCUGUCACCAUUGCCAAUGAGCGGCGUCAAGCCUGGGCCAGAAGCAGGGACUCCAUUGGGCAAGGGUCAAAAGCAGACCGCUGUGAGCCUCAGCAGCCCCAGCAGAUCCAAAGCAAUGGGAAAACACAGAGCCAAGAACCAGGACAAGUUCCUAGCAAGAUUGCGACCUGGCUGAUUGAUUGCAGAACUCCAAAUGGAGCAUCACUGGAAGAACAAAGUACUCCUCCCAGCAAAGGAGUGAGAAACGGCUGCAGCUUUGAAGAUGACCUUUCAUUGGGAGCUGAAGCCAAUCACCUUCAGUCAGAGAAUAAUAAAACUAAGCCCUGCUUUGUGGCGGAUCAGAAAAGGACUCGUUAUAAAGAGAUGGGGAGAAGUAUGAACUCCACCGGAUCAGGAAAGAGCAGCACUGUGUCCAGUGUUUCAGAGUUGCUGGACCUGUAUGAGGAGGACCCUGAGGAAAUUCUUUUAAAUCUGGGUUUUGGUCGAGAAGAACCCGACUUGUCCUCAAAGAUCCCCGCACGGUUCUUCAACAGCACCUCUUCGGCAAGAGGCAUUGACAUCAAGGUCUACCUGGGGGCUCAGCUGCAGCGCAUGGAACUGGAAAACCCCAACUACGCUCUAACCAGUCGUUUCCGUCAGAUUGAGGUCCUGACGACGGUAGCCAACGAGUUCUUCCAGCUCUACAGCCAGGUUUCUGGACAACCUGUCAACAGACUGGUUAGCAAGGAUCAAGGUGGAGAAGGAGAAAAAGGACAACAAGAAGGAAGUAGUGUUGAAGCGCAGUCUACUCCAAAGAGGACCAACCCUAGGAACAUGGCCAAACUCAUAAAGAGAAUCAGCAGACAAAAUCUGCUUGGGUCGGCCUCAGACUCCCCCGAGGGGCUCUCUCCAACCCAGCCCAACGGACACGCCGCUUCCCCUGAUCUUCCACAUCUCAACGGUCACCCUCGUAGUGGUACGGACCACCAUAGAUCUACCGCCAACUCUGACCACCAGGGGGAGGUGGCCAACCAAAAGCUCCUCCGCAGGAAAGAUAAUUUCCCCCUGGCUACGGUUACAGAGGAAACCAACGGAGGCGGGGAUGCUGAACGGCUAAUGGAGAGCAGUCCUGAACAGAGCAGCUCUGGAUCAGAGCACCUGCCAGGUUCACCUCAGCUUCACUUGACAUGUCAGAAAACGGAGAGCGAUCAGGUGGAUGGAAAGGAAACUAACCUCCCCUCCAGCCCUGAGAAAGCUCCCCCCAAGCUCACCCCGCCCCAACUCACUCAGCUUCGCACAGAGAACGCGGAUUCCUUUGACAUGGAGGAGAUUCACACUAAUGAAGACGAGGCCCUGCCUUCCAGAACAUCUAGAACCACUGACUUGUCGAGGACUGUUAGUCAACAGUCUGACAGCAGUGGUUUUGCUGAGGAGACUUCUGGGGACUCUAGCAGCUACCUCAAGGUGCAGGAGAGUUGUGACAGCUGUGACAGCGAGACCACUGUGACAUCACACCCCUCACAAGACGUGGCAACGCCUCAGCCGCUCGACCAACCUGCGUUUGAGCUUCCUGAUGGCCGGGAGCAAGAUGCACCUUCUGCUGCUCAUUCUAAGGCGGAACCAAGCGGUACCAAUGUGGAAGAAGAGAUGCAGGGAGAGUGUUUGGGGCAGGUUCCACUCUACUCAGUUCACCAGCUUCCAACAAUCAGACUUGCAGGUGAAGGGGAACAACUGGAUGGUAGGGACAGAACUGAUCGUGAAACGGAACCACAACCAGGAACAGAAAACAAUCAGAAUAAAUCUUGUUCAGAAAAAGAACCGCAGCGUGGCGAGCCGCAGUUGGACACAGAAGGAACCUCAGAGGGAGCUGAGGAAAAGGCUCUUGAGUCUGAAACUGUUCCAACGUCUCCGGUUCUUAGCGCACUGAAUCGAGCCAAGCUACAGCAGCUGAGGCAGUUGGGUCAGUACAGCAGCAUCCAGUGCGACAGCCCGCCCCAAUCUCCAGGAGGAAGACCAGGUAGACGUGGUGUAAUCCCCAUGCAGAGGUCCUCCUCCUUACCUUCCUCCCUCCUCUCACCCUCUAAGGUCGUGUCUUCAGUCAGGAUCCAGUUUGGUCAGGGUCAAGCAUUCUGUACCCCUCCCAGGUACUCCUUUAAAUAUGGCCAGGAGGAGGCAGGGCGAAAGGAAGAUGAGGUGAUAGAGGAGAGAGAUGAGAGCGAACAAAGCACAUGCGUUUCCACUGUGAUCAUAAACCCUGGCUCUAAAGAUAAACCGCCAACUGCCAUUCCUCCCAAACCCAUUCCUCGCUAUCUAAUGCAGUCUUCUUAUUCUUUGCAUAGCUCCAGUCCUCCCCCUGAUUCCCCACCAGCCUACGGCCAUUCCUGGAGCACCCAGAGUGUUCCUGAUCUAUCAACUAGUCAUCAGCAGCCUAGUCGUUACCACAACCAUCAAGGUUGCCAUCCUGGACCCAUGAUGUUCCCCAAACCCGGUGCUUUAUUGCCGGGCCCUGAAAAUAGCCCAUUCCCUAGUCCUGUUUCUUACCCUGCUGGUCCAUACCAGUACUUUAGUCCUCCUUACAUUUCUAACCAGCACAACCCUUCAAUCAGUCACUAUUCCAGUCUAACCAGUCUGCACCAGCCUGCAACACCCCCAAUCCCUCUACACGGCAGCCUCAACAACUUGAACCAUCCCCAUCCCUCCUCAGCUCCUCAGAACAUUGGUUUGGGUCACAUUCCACCUGGGACUCCACCGAUGGCUCCACAGGGAUAUAACCCUUCCUUCGGCCAUUCAUUGCCUUUCCCAACUGUUCCUCACAUGCACCAAUUCGGUUCCCCUUACUACGGUACACAAGGGUACAUCAUGAGCCCCGGUCUCCACCCUGGUCUCCCUCCUCCUGCGGCACAAGGACGAUGCCCAACCAGCACCGAGAUGCAGCUGAGGAAGGUUCUGCAUGAGAUCAGGGGAACGGUUCAGAGUCUCAGUCAGACCCGGAUCAAUUCCCCUGAUGUGUUCAGUGAGCUCAGAGCAGCUGCAAGCAGCCGACAGUCUGUGGCAGAGUUUCAACAGAAGAGGCGAAGUCUGAACAUGUUCCGUAACCAGAUGAUGGACCUGGAGCUGUCAAUCAUGCGGCAGCAGGCUGUCGUUUACAAGCACCUGAGUCCUGCUGACAGGAUAGAGGCGGAGCAGCUUCAGUGUCUGCGGUCUGCAGUCAGAGAGGAACUCCAGGAGCUGGAACAACAGCUGGAGGACAGACUAUUGGAUCUGACGCCUCACUCGCAUCUUGGAGGUCUCCAUAGAGACAACAGUGUUGAGAGCCUGUCCACCGCUUCUGCACUGAGAGCCAUGGAACCGGUAUCAGACCUCCUCAGAGAGCAGUUCUUCCUCCAAUCAGAAAUAGGUUACGAUGGCCGCGGUUACCAUGGCCGCGGCCCCUCCAGCGUCCCCUCCACCCGCUCACCCAGUCCUGUCAGGAGAGAGGAAGACGACAGCAAGCAGAGGCAAGGAGUGUAUCGUGCAUCUAUCAACAUAACCCCUGCCCCUCCCGGUCGACCCAACGUUCAGACGGAGCUGGUGGCAGAGGAGGAAGCUCAGAGAGACGGUGAAGAGGUAGAGGAAGAAAAAGGAAGAGAGGGAGACGAGGCACAAGAACGUGAAGGAGAUUUUGGAAAAUAUAGAGCCGAAAACUUUCAAAAGCUUAUUAGAGAGAUCCGUGAGAACUUGGCCCAGGAGGUCCGACGAGAGAUCUACAAUGAGCUGCUCGCUGCUGCUUCUCCACAGGGCUCACCCUUUUCUGCUCAGCAACACCCGGUGUAGCCCUCCUGCCUUAGUAACCACAGCUUGGACAAAAACCACUGCCUUGUCUUUAACACUGUACACCAGAGUAACACUGUGCAACACGUUGUGCCUGCAACACUGUAUGUUGGUAACACUGAUGAUCCAACUGUGACAAACCCCGCCGACGCCACCUGUGGUACCUCCUCCAGCAUUCCCGAGCUGCAGAGCAGAGGCUUCCACUUUUUGGAUUACCAGUGAAAAUUUGUUAUUUCUCAUUUCCUGUUUCUAUUUUGAUAUAUAUGUAAAAACAAAAGCUGUGGUCAACAACCCCUACCAUUGAGCUAGCACUACUGCCACUAAUACUACAAGUAUUCAAUCUUUAAUCACCACUACAAACAGCCUCUUGUACAAUAGUAGUUAAACAGUACUUCCUGUUUUCUUGCAGUUCCAUUAAGUUUAAUGAUACCGGUAGCUCUUUUUUUUAAAUGAGUAAAUCUUGUCAAACAAAUAGUAGAUUUGCUUUAAUUCAACUUUAAUAUUUUUGUACAUGUUCAACCUGUUUUUUGAGGCAUUAGCUGUUUUCAUAUUACAGUCAUCUUUGUGUUUUUUCAUAAAGAAAAGAUUGUAUUUAAACUCCUGCUUAGCAGGAUUAUGAGGUAGAAGCAUAUUACAAAAAACUAAAUGCAAAGAGAAGCGUUGAUUUUAUUUGCCAUCAGUCUUUAACAUCCAUUUAGAAUGUAUUAAUAAUUGUUUUUUGUGAAAGGUUGCCCCCCCCCCAUUCCAUGCACAUUUCACCCUAAAAAAAGCAGUUUUAAAGAGAAAAAUUGCAAAGAUGACACAUAAUCAUCCUCAUCAGUCACCAUCCUCAUUCUUCUGCUUUAGUCACUGUCUUUCAGUCACCUUACAAUCCGAAAAAAGUCCUCAACAACUUGAAACCAAUUUUUGCUUACAAUAACAGGGGCAUAAAAACUGUUUCAAAUUUCUGAUUUAAAAUUAUAUUUUUUCUAUUUUUGAGCAAUUAAAAAACAAGAUGUAAUGUUUAAAUGCAUAGUAUUUCUUGGAAAGCACCCAAUUUAACAACUUUGAAGCUCCAUUUUUCAGCUGGUUGAUUUCUUAAAUGCUUCUAAUGUGGUUUAGUGUGAGCGAGGUACAGAAAGUGAUCAGUGUGUGUUACCAUGAUGUGCUGAGGGAUGAAGGUUAAAGAUUUUUGUAUGUUAAGGUGAUGAGGAUGACUAUGUGUCAACUGCUUGGAUGGAAGAGCUUUGUGGGUUUUCGGUGCAUCAGCAUGUUGGUUUCAUUUUGGUGAAAAAUGCGUGCAAUAAUGUGAACACAUCGAAUAUAUUUUUAUGUUGUUUUUUUUUUUUUUUGGUGGAUCAUAGCAAACAUUUCAGAUGUGCUGCGCCUCUAAUACAUGAAAAACUUCAGAAGCAGUAGCUUAACCACUAAUUCCUUUCUUUUUUCCUCAAAGUGGGAGUGUAGUUCAUGAGAUGUGCAUCGAGUUUUUGAACAGUCACUAAAUUAAGUGAAAAGCACUGUACAUAAGUAAGUUGAAUGUGAUUGGCUGGGAGAUCUGUCAAUAUGAUGUUUCUAACUUAAUUUUUUUUUUCUCUGCUUACUUGGGGCGAUAACUGUACAAAUUUGUGCACAAGGUCACAUUAGUACAUUUGUUUGUUUGAGAGCUGAUCUGUGUUGGUAGGAUUUCUGUAAUCUUAAAACUGAAAUGCAAAGCUUAGCUUAAUAUUCCAAAACCGAGGUCACAUUUGCAAUUUUUCUGAGUGUGAGUGAAUAAAACUCCUGGCUCAGGUGUUAUCAUUUGGCCCCAUCAUUGUUUCAGAGCUGUGAACGCUCUAGGUUUUGAUUAACACAAGUUUUGAGCCUGCGGUCAUUUUCACAAACGCAUAUCUGCUGGACAAACACUGUUUAUAAUUUUUAGAUCAAGAAUCCACUCUUAAUUACACUUUACUGAAUGUCGGUGGUUAUAAAUUUCUAUUCAUGUCUGAUAACAAUAAUGAUGACUAUGUGUAUUUUGUAUUGAUGUGUCCUAAAUGUGGUAUAGGGAGGGGUCACUGUAGAGAUGAUGAUGAUAAUAAAGAUUUAUUUA